CCGGAAGGAGGCGGCCGGGGCGGCGCGGAGCAGCGUGGCCCGCCGGCUGGAGUACAUCGCCCAGAGCGCCCGUCAGCGCGGCGUCCCGGCUGCUGUGCAAUGGUAAUUAUGGAUCUAAUUUCCAUAUGAUAUUUUAAAAGGAAAAUGCUUCUCAUGAUUAAUAUCAUUUAUAUAAAACUUAAGCAUGCAUGCUACAUGAUAAACUUGAAGAUUUGAGCCUCUGUAGGAAAUACUCUGACGCAAAGCAUCUUUUGAAAUGUGUCGACACUGAAAGCAAAUACUGUUUUCCUGUGCAAAUAAAUUUAGAAGAAAAUAUGACUGUAACAGAGGAUUUCAGUAGAGUAGAAAAUACUUACCAAAUGGAAGCAGAGGUCUGUAUUAUAUUCAGCGAUUUUGGAAAAAUGCAGAAUGUUUGCAAUCUACUCAUUGAAAAGUUAGGAACCUCUGUUACCAUCAGUCCACCUCAUUUCUACCAUACACCAGAAGCUGUAGACACCCUUCGCCGUCAAGUAUGUGUGGCAGCUGUUGGAAACACACGGCGGAAAGCUCAAGAAGUCUGUCGACUGUUUGGCCAGUCAUUGGGAAAACCUUUAUUAAUAAGAGAAGAAGAAACAAAAGAAUGGGGAGGCCACACAGACAGUUGUCUGUCGAACUCCCCAGAUUCACUGACUCUGCAGGAAAGAAUCCAGAAUGCUACUGCUUAUGCUUCUUGUAGAGUGUUUGCUGUGUUUGAGAUAAAGGGAAAACAAAACAGAAGAAACAAGUUGCUCUAGGAACUUUCAAAUCCUACACAUUUUCUUAAUAAAAUUUUUUUGCUUUGA